AUGGUACUAGCUAAGGUUUAUGCAGAGUAUCUCCUUCCCUUCACGGUAACCGCGGGGCCGGAGACGCGGGAGUUCCUCGCCCAGGUAGCCGAGCUCUCCAUCGACUUCGUGAAACAGACGUUCGACCGCAACUCGAAGAUCCUCGACUUCCAUCAGCCCGAACAGCUCAAGGAAGUGUUCGACCUCGAAAUCCCUGCUCAGAGUUUGAACCUUGACCAGCUCCUCGUCGACUGCAAGGAUGCCCUCAAGUACCAGGUUAAAACGGGUCACCCUCGCUUCAUGAACCAGCUGUCAUGUGGUAUGGAAGUGGUGUCUCUGGCCGGCGAGUGGCUGACCGCCGCCGCAAACACCAACAUGUUCACCUACGAAAUUGCUCCAGUCUUCAUCCUCAUGGAACAGGUCACGAUGCGCCACAUGAGAGAGAUCAUCGGCUACAAGCAGGGCGACAGCAUCCUCGCUCCCGGAGGCUCCAUCAGCAACCUGUACGCCGCCCUCGUCGCCAGGCACAAGAUGUUCCCGGACUACAAGAAGAAGGGUCUGCGAGCUCUCCCCGGCGAGCUGUGCAUGUUCACUUCUCUUCACAGCCAUUACUCCAUGAUGGGCACUGCAGCUGCCAUGGGCCUUGGCACUGACAACUGCAUUGAAGUUCCCGUCGAUGAAAAAGGCCGCAUGAUCCCAUCCGAGCUCGACCGCCUCAUCCAGGAGUGCAAGGCAAAGGGCAAGAUUCCCUUCCUCGUCUGCGCCACCGCUGGAACCACCGUCAUGGGCGCCUUCGAUCCCCUUCACGCCAUCGCUGACGUCUGCGAGAAGCACAAACUCUGGUUCCACGUCGACGCUGCUUGGGGCGGCGGUGUCCUGCUCUCCAAGAACCAGCGUCACAAGAUGGCGGGCGUGGAGCGUUCAAAUUCGCUCACCUGGAAUCCACACAAACUGAUGGGCGUCCUCCUGCAGUGUUCCACCGUGCACUUCAAAGAGGACGGCCUGUUGAUAUCCUGCAACCAGAUGUGCGCCGACUACCUCUUCCAGCAAGACAAACCCUACGACGUCAACUACGACACGGGAGAUAAGGUGAUCCAGUGCGGUCGCCACAAUGACAUCUUCAAGCUGUGGCUGAUGUGGCGCUCCAAGGGCGACGAAGGUUUCGAGAAGCACAUCGACCACCUGUUCGAGAUGACGGAAUACCUGGUGAGGCGCAUGAAGCAGCACCCAGACAAGUUCGAAUUCCUCAACGACGAGCCCGAGUGCACCAACGUGUGCUUCUGGUACGUCCCUCACCGCCUCCGCUCCAUGAAGCCCGGACCCGAACGUCAUAAGCUCCUGGGAGAGAUCCAGCCUAUCCUCAAGGGCCGCAUGAUGACCGCGGGAACCCUCAUGAUCGGCUAUCAGCCCCUAGACCACCACCCCAACUUCUUCAGGAACAUCAUUUCCUCCCAGGCCGUCAGGCGGGAGGACAUCGACUUCAUGCUGGAAGAACUUGAUCGUCUUGGCUAUGACUUGUAAAGCCCCUUUUCGCGUUGCCGGGGCGUCUCAGCUUCGUAGGGGAAGGAAUGGGCAGUCUUGAAGUAGAUGCUUCGAAGGUGACCUUCAGCGACCUCACUUCACUGAGGAAGAACUCUUAGAAGAAGGUCACGAGGGAUUCUUGAGAAGACGUGGUAGUACAAAGCAGGACUUCCACUCCUGACCCGGCCGAGAGCCACCAGCAAUGGUCGCUAGAGAAACAUUAUGUUACGCCGAGGACGUCCUCGACACAAAUGUAUAUUGUGGUGACUUGAGGUACACUCUCCUUCCCGAGGAGAACGUACCUCGAGGUUGAUACUUGUAUUUAAUGAGCAGACACUUUCAAAACAACCUGCGGCCACGGAGGAGGGCGCUGAGAGCUUGUUAAUGUUGCUAUAUGUAGUGUUGUCUUAGUGUAGACGCGCCAGUGUCACCACAUGUCAGCAAUAAUGAGGCAAGAGCCGGUUGGCGUCGUGUGCGGGCUCGCCUCGGAGGGUAGAAGAAGGCGACGUUCGAUACAGAUAGUUUGUGCGACCCGAAAGUGGGCAGGGUCAAGUGCAGGCUGAGCCCCAAAACCGGCUUGCAAGAGGCCAGGGCUCAAGUGUACGGUCGGGGCCCCGCGCACGCGACCGAAAGCAAUAAGGGUACAAUCAAUAGCUUUUCGUACAGUCACUGCUAUAUAUCGGUUGAGGUACUGUAGGAAUGAGCAGACUGGGGUGGCUCCAUCAUAGCAACCUGGUGAGUCUGAUCAUGGCUCAACCCCCAAAUCCAAUCCCACACUUCCUAAACAACUUUGCCCCUCGACUUACGUAAUGUCAUAUCAGGGUUUACGCAAUUUACGGAUGCACUGCUGAAUUAUUUCUGAGACGAGUAAUGUAUUUGAAGGAGACAGAAGGGGUAAAUCAAAAGAGCAAAGGUGAGAAUGAGAUAUGCAAUGUUCUGUAAGUGUGAAAUGUUAUGCUGAUUGCCGUGGAGUAAGAUAAAAGUAAUAAUUAAAAGAUUAAAUACAUGACCUAUAUGAAAAUGAAAUGCAACAAAAUUUACCUCUUCAAAAUUUCUAGAAGUCGUGUCCCUAACUAUGCAGUUUCCACCUAAUGCAGUUGUCUUGAAGAACUUGACACACUCAUUUGCAGAGUAAACAUUUCAGCCUUUGAGCAUUAAUUGCAACAGAUAUUCACAUGCACAUUUCAAGAGCACUCGUACACAAAACCAAAUGCCUCAUGCACUCUCGAAGACCAACUAUGCACGAAUGCCCGAGCGCCAGGCACUAGCACGUCUGCUUGGGUCUCUUGUCCUUAUGCAUGACAAUUGUGAACGUUCGCUU